AUGUUACGAUACCUGCUCGCUGUAGUAGUAUUUAUAGGUGCAGCUCAAGGUGAGCCAUCGAUAUCGACUGUUGUGCAGUCCAAGACGGCCUCUCCUGAGAUUGCCGUCGCUCCCAGCCUGACGCCAACAUUCCGGGACCCUCAUGCACCCAAUCCACAGAAAUGCCCCGGCUAUAAGGCCACAAAUAUCAAGAGAGAUCUCAAAGGUGUGAAGGCAGACCUGAUCAUUGCUGGACCUGAUUGUCAGGCUUUUGGUAACGAUAUUCGUGACCUGGUACUUGAGGUUCAAUAUCAGACAAAAGAGCGGUUGAAUGUCAAGAUAUUUCCCAAGUAUCUGUCUGAACAGAACAGAACUCAGUAUGUCCUACCAGACUCGAUUGUAUUUGAGCCUGAGCGGGACAAAAAAACGACGAUCUCGAAUAGUGACCUCAGAUUCGAGUGGACUAAUUCUCCAAGCUUUCAAUUCAAGAUCACCCGAAGCUGUACUAGGGAGGUCCUCUUUUCAACGUAUGGCCAUGCUAUCGUUUUUGAGGACCAGUUCAUUGAAUUGGUAACCAACAUGGAACCUGACUAUAAUGUCUAUGGAUUAGCGGAGAACAUACAUGAUUUCCACCUAGGGCAAAAUUUCACACAAACUUUCUGGACCAAUGACGCUGGCAUUGAGCACGGCAACCCCAUCGAUGGUAAUAUCUAUGGUGUGCAUCCCUUCUACCAGGAGAGUAGAUAUAACAAGGGCAGCAACACCACUUCGCACGGUGUGUAUGCACGUAAUGCCCAUGGCCAGGAAUGGCUUCUGAGACCUGAGACUUUGACAUACCGCACUAUCGGUGGAAGUAUUGAUCUCUACUUCUUGAGCGGCCAGAAUAAGCAAGGAGGGUCUACAGCUAUUGAGACCAUGCGUCAGUAUCAUACUGGCUGUGUGGGUCUACCUGCAAUGCAGAUGUUCUGGACACUUGGUUUUCAUCAAUGUCGAUUGGGAUAUGACACCCUUGACAAGAUUGAAGCGGUCGUCGAGAAUUACAGGGCCGCUGAUAUCCCCCUUGAGGCUAUUUGGUCAGACUUUGACAUGUUUGAUGGCUUCCGCAGCUUCGCCAAUAAUCCCGUUACCUUUCCACCUGAUCGCAUGUCGAAAUGGGUAGACUGGCUUCAUGAGAAUGAGCAGUAUUAUGUUCCACUUGUGUGGGCCAACAUCUACCGCCCAAAUCCUGAUGACCCGAAGGAUACCUAUGGUCCUUAUGAACGAGGUGCCAAGCUGAAAGCCUUCAUCAGAGAUCCAGAGUCGAGCGACUUCUACACAGGCAACAACUGGCCUGGGUUUGUUGUCUGGGGAGACUUCAUGCUGCCUGAGACACAUAAAUGGUGGGCUGAAGAGCUCAAGAUAUGGUACGACAGUGUGCCUUAUGAUGGAAUGCUCUCUGAUCUCACAGAACCUGCUUCAUACUGCGUGGGACCCUGCGGAAAUAGCCGUCUUGAUAUGAAUCCAGUUCAUGUCCCGUUCUUGAUUCCUGGAGAGAAGCUCAACAUGUUCUAUGAGUAUCCAGAUGGAUUCAGUGUGACCAACGACUCUGAGGCUCAAAUGGCAAAAGAACUUGCGGCCAAUCAGUCAGCGGAACUUGAGGCCACUCAUGUCUUCCAAGUACCCGCUACAAGCACGCUAGGACGCACAGAGCCAACACCAGGUGUGAGAAACCUCACUUAUCCACCUUAUGUCCUUAACAAUCUGCAACCAGGCCACUCCAUCAGGAGAAUGACCAUUUCUCCAGAUGCAACUCACAAUGAUGAGUGGAACACCACUGAGUAUCAGAUGCACAAUCUGUUUGGCAACCAGAUCUCCAAUGCGACCUAUCAUGGAUUGCUUGAGUUGUUCCCUGGUCGUCGUCCUUUCAAUAUCGCCCGUGGCAAUUUUGCUGGCAUUGGCCGAUAUGCUACGAGAUGGGGAGGUGAUAACUCAUCAAAAUGGGGCAGUAUGUUCCUAUCCAUAUCACAUGCCCUGACACACAUGAUGGCUGGAAUUCCCAUGUUUGGAGUUGACAUCUGUGGUUACUCCCAUAACGCCAGCUUUGACCUUUGUGCUCGAUGGAUGUCUCUGGGUGCUUUCAUGCCCUUUUACCGCAAUCACAAUAUGGGCGGCACGAUAUCCCAAGAGGCUUUUGUCUGGUCAUCUGUUGCCGAGGCUUCACGUCGAGCUAUAGCGAUAAGAUACAGCCUUCUCAACUACAUCUACACUUUGUUUUACUACGCCAAUACCAAGGGCGACCUUGUGAUGAGGGCUUUGGCAUGGGAGUUCCCAAACGACGAAAGCCUCAAGGCCACCUAUUCGCAAUUCUUGCUGGGGCCCUCUCUUCUAGUAACACCCGUGCUCACCCCGAACUCCAACACAGUCAGGGGCGUGUUUCCUGGGAUUGGAAAAGGAACACGAUGGUAUGACUGGUACACAUUAAACGAAGUCCAUGCCAAGCCUCACGAGAACGUCACUCUUGAUGCUCCCCUGGAACAUAUAAAUCUUCAUAUGAGAGGGGGCACGGUAUUCACAUUACAAAAACCAGGAAAUACAACAGCAGCGACCCGGAGAAACCCAUUCUCACUUCUUUUGGCUCUGGACGAUAAUGAAUAUGCAGAAGGAAGUGUGUACUUUGAUGAUGGUGUUAGCCUCGAACCAGAAGCCACUAAGACAGUCUCUUAUACUUUUAGGAAGGGAGUCUUGAGGGCGGACACCCACGGUGACUACGAAGUCAAUCCUCCUCUUGUAAACAUAACUGUUGCUGGCCUUCGCAAGGAGCCCAAGAGCGUUGAGUUCCAUUCUAAUCAAGGGAAGCAAAAAGGUUUCUUACCCAAGCUUGAGUACAGUAACGGCACAGCAUAUGUAACAGAGCUGGAACAAGUUACACAGAACGGGGCCUUUAGAUAUGACUUUCAGGUUACAUUUAAGUACUAA